AAGAAGGAUGACGGCGUUGUGUAGUUUCUGAUCCGGAACUAGUUUUUCAGAAAACCCGGAAGGAGUAGGUGGCGCGCGCGAAGCGUGUUCCUUGUUCUGGAGUGGAGAACUGCGAGGUGAGCGGUAAGUGCUCCAGAUGCUCUCCAAGUUCUUGACUAUGGAGUAUUUGGUUCAUCCUGGUACCCUCAGCUUAGCUGCUGGAGUUGCUUGUGGCAUGUGCUUGGGCUGGGGCCUCCGGAGCCACCUUGGGAUGAUCCCCCAGAACUCAACAAGUGAAACAAAGAGAGACACAGAGACGGGAACCGAAGCAAGCAUCUUGGGAGAGAGUGGGGAAUACAAAAUGAUUCUUGUGGUUCGAACUGACUUAAAGAUGGGGAAAGGGAAGGUUGCUGCCCAGUGUUCUCAUGCUGCGGUUUCUGCCUACAAGCAGACUCAAAGGAGAAACCCUCAAGUGCUCAAAGAGUGGGAGUACUGUGGCCAGCCCAAAGUGGUGGUCAAAGCUCCAGAUGAAGACACCCUCAUUCAAUUACUCACCCAUGCAAAAACCUUGGGACUGACUGUAAGUUUAAUCCAAGAUGCUGGACGCACUCAGAUUGAACCAGGCUCUCGGACUGUCCUGGGAAUUGGGCCAGGACCAGUAGAACUAAUUGAUGAAGUUACUGGCCACCUAAAACUUUACUAGAUAAGCUUUUGCUUGAUGGUGUUCCUGUUGGAAGACGAUGGCGCCUGUCAGUAACAAUAAAUGCUUCAUUCUUGCUCCACUUUAAAAUCUGUUCCCAUGUUCCUCUAUCAUGCACUGGACCAUUGAUUUCUUGAGCUUAAAAUACUAUUGCAGGGGUAGAGAUGCCUCAGUGAUUAAGGGCACUUGUUCCUCUUGCAAAGGAAGCUGGUUCAGUUUCCAGUAUCUGGAUGUCAGUUUACAACCAUCCAGAUCCAUUCCAGGAAAUCCAACACUGUAUCAAUCACAAGGCAUACACAGCAUACAUGGCAGGCAAACCCUCAUAAAUCCAAAGAAUACAUAAAUACAAAGUAAGUCUCAAGAAUAAAGAUACAUUCUCUAAAUGCUCCUGUGGAGUGAUAGGGUCUGAAACAGGUUAGAAAUGAGACAAUGCUCAUGACGCUGCCGGGUGGGAAGGAAGCUAUGUUUCCCAUGUGUAGUUAGGCCCUGUGUGUUGAUUUUUCUUUUCUCAAACCAUGUUGUCCCUUGCCUUUUUGAGGAUCUGGUUCAAUAAAUCAUAUUGUAAUUUUUUAUGCUAUGUUUUGAAUGACUGAUAACCUCUUUUUAUUAACAGACCAUUGCAUAGACCCACUGCAAUUUUGAUGUAGAUUUUAACUAGCUGGAUGUUUUUGAGGUGGUCUGAUACUGUAGCUCAGGCUAAUCUUGAACUUGUGGAAUUUUUCCUGCCUUGAUCUCCCACCUGGGAGGGAUUGAAGUUAUGAACCAUCAUACCCAGCUACUCUCUAAAUUCAUUUCUACUUCAAAGUUGAAAUUUUAUGAUCUACGUAGCAUUUUGAUGCUUAUUUUUCCUGAUCCACUUGGGCCAAGAUACUUCACAGUGGUUCUAAUUCACAAACUAUAAAAAUUCCUAUAUUUGAACAGUGAAACCAAUGAGUUUGUGAAGUGAACUUUGUGGAUUUACAAAGUGGAAAUGUGAGUUUAUGGGAACUAAAGGACUGUAGUUGUACCCAGCCAGUCUCUCCUGGAAAUUCCAGGAACUAAAUAAUUUUAUUACUUAAAGGCACUUUUUCUCACUGUAUCCCUGAGCCUGGAACUCAGUAUGGAACAAGCUGAUCUAAACUCAGAGGUACUCCCUACCUCUGCCUCCCAAUGCUGGGAUUAAAAACAUGCACUAGCAUGCCUGCCUACAUAAAGCCUUCUUGACAGUUUGCUAGAAUUCAUAUUUCUUGGUAGUUCUAGAAAAUUGACAGUGAUCUACUAGUUCAUUAUACCCUUUAAAACUAUAAAUGAUGUUAAGGAGAGUAAGACCGUGAGAACUAGGCAGAACGAUGAAGACAACUGUAGGCACUCUCCGAGUUAAAGAGCUUGGUGCAUUUUUAUCAUACAGAAGCAUAAAUGGUACAGGAGCAAUCACAACACUGAAUGAUGCCACAGUAGCAACAGUUUCUAGACAGAAUGUUUAUACAGGAGUCAAGUGAUGCAACCACAUGUAACUGAGUUGAACUCAAUCUUAAAUACAUGGUUAUGACUCGGGUAAUUUAUGAGGCUUGCUGCAGACAAAUGGUUCCACACUAAAAGACUACAGAUCCCCAGCAGGAUGGCUGGAGUGGCUGAUUCAAGGACCUGUCAUAAGCUAGGGCUUACCCUAUAAGGAUACAGUAAAACUUGUUAAUUCUGGUUACAAGUCACAGUAUUUUUCAGGUUCACCUGUUCUUGGUAUAUACUUCAUAGGACUUACAGAGUAGUUCUCAAAGCAUACUCUGCAGAGCCCAAGGAGUUUGCUACGUAACUAUUUUCAUUAGCUUGAAUGAAAGGGAUUUUCUUUUCUCUAGUGUGUUCCUACUGAUGAUCUACCUGAACACAUAACCAUCAGAUCCUUCCCAGCCCCACAUUCACAGUAGAGUUUCAUUGGUCCUGAUGAAGCACAGGUAGGGGAGGGGCUUUGGGAACUGAGAGCUGGGCAAUAGGAAGUCUGUUUUCAGGGAAGUCCUCCUUGGUAGGUGGCCCAUGCUCCUGUAGAUGGGGCCCCACAUGCUUUUCACACAGUGUCAGCACUGAAUGAACUCAGUGCACUCUUAUGAAAAAGAGAUUAACCUGAGAGGGAGGUGAGUGAGGGUUGAGGUGCUAGGCUCAUAUAGUACACUGUAUACUUAUGAAAUUCCCAGUGAAUAAAAAAAUAACAAACUUUUUUUACCCAUGUAUACUUGUGUUCAUGUCUUUGUCUAAAAGGCUGGUGUCUAGUUUGUGAGCUCAAUUUCAUAGAACAUUUUUACCUGAAACAAGAGGCUGGAGAGAUCUGCAAUUAAAAUCUUACAGAAAA